GGACACAGAUCUCAACCUUAACCACUCCAUCACAGACAUACAUACACACCAGACAAAUGGGUUGUUGUGGAUCAAAGCCAGAGGAAGAACAGCCACCGCCAGAGGAACAGCCGGCCCCGGCCAGUGAAGAGAAGCCGGCGUCGCAGACACAGGAAUCGGCGUCGGCUACCGGCAGCAAAGUGGGCGAAGAAGGCGUCGACAGCAAAGUAUUGGGUGCGCCAACCGGUUCGGCUGUCGGCUCAAAAGCCGGUUCGGGUACCGGCUCGAAAACGGGCAGCAAAGUCGGUUCGUCGGUGUCGGGUACAGGUGGCGCCGGAUCGUCGGCUAUGGGAUCGUCGAUAUCAGGUACCGGAUCGGCGCUGUCCAGCAGCGGCGGCAGCAGUGCUGUCGGUUCGUCGCUAAGUUCUUCGGGCGGUUCGUCCACAUCGAAGGCCGGCGGCUCGCAGGCUGGCUCGUCGUUAGGGGGAUCGUCGACCGGUUCGACACUGAUAUCGUCGCGUACCGGAUCCAAGAUCAAAGCCGGUUCAGAAACGGCGGCCAGCGGCUCAAAGACCGGCUCGCAGACCGGCUCGAAAACUGGAUCACAGACCGGCGGCUCGAAGACUGGGUCACAGUUAGGCGCUUCGGGUUCGAAGGCCGCAGGUUCGCAGACCGCGGCCGCCGCUAGCGGUUCAAAGACUGGCGGUUCGCAGACCGGAUCGAAGACCGGAUCGAAAACUGGCGAAAAGCCUGGCAGCGCCACCGGUUCCAAGACUGGCGAUACCGGCGGAAAACCGUCGUCGAAGACGGCGUCGGCCGACGAAAAGCCGCCGUCAAAGUCCGGUUCGAAGACUGAUUCAAAUGAAAAGACCGGUUCGAAGACUGGCAGCGGUUCCAAAACAGGCGCUUAAAUUGUCAAAGAAAAUGAUGUCAAAAGACGAAGAUUUAGAAGAAGAAGAAGAAGAGAACCACUGAUUGAACAGAAUAUUUGUUUUUGUAAUUUUGUUUUGUAUAUCUUCUCUUCAUUUUCAUCUGUUUUCUUCAAAAUACAAAUAUUUUUUAAUAUUAUAAAUAAAAUUAUU